AUGGCUUCCAGGUCAAUGAAGACGCCUGAUGACUUCAAUAUACUUUGUCUUCUCAAGGAUGCCCUUUCCUUGGAGAGUUCGGAUGAGCCUAUGGAUGAGUCCCGGGAGGAGACCAACCCACAGUAUCAAGGGCUAACUGGCCUGCGCAACCUCGGCAACACCUGCUACAUGAAUGCUGUGAUCCAGUGCCUCUGCAGCGUAUCCCCCUUGGUGGAGUAUUUCCUUUCUGGCAAGUACACAACAUCACUGGACAAGGAGAAUGGAGAGAUUGCAACUGCCUUUGCCUACUUGAUGAACGAUAUGUGGCUCGGGGACUUUGACUGCGUAUCCCCAGAGGUAUUCAGAUUGGUUAUUGGUGAACGAUAUCCCACUUUUCUCAAGAAGGCCCAGCAAGAUUCCCAGGAGUUUCUGAUUUAUGUAUUGAACGAACUGCAUGAAGCUCUCAAGAAGUCGAGUAAGAGGAGAAACCAAGGCACCACGUCGACUGCUUGGGAAUCGAGGCCUUCUGCCUCCGAGUCUUCCAUAAUCACCCGACUUUUUGAAGGACACCUUAGUUAUGACAUCAUGUGUUUGGAAUGUGAAAACAACACGUACAAGAAAGAGAUCUUCACCGUUUUGUCUCUCCCUAUCCCUUACGAGACCGAAUGCUCGCUAGAGGAAUGUCUGCAAUGCUUCUUCCAGCAAGACAUGCUGACUUGGAACAACCAGAUUACCUGCUCCUGCUGCGGAACGAAGCGAGACGCUGUAGUGAAAGCCAGCAUAGCCAAGGCACCUAAGAUGGUUAUCUUCCACUUGAAGAGGUUUGAUUGUCAAGGAAGUUACAAGAAAAAACUGAAAACGGACAUUUACUACCCUCUCAACAACUUGGAUCUGUCCCCUUAUAUCUAUCCACUCUUUCGGAAAAAUCCAAAAUACAACUUAUUUGCUGUGGUGAACCACUUUGGAGAUCUGGAUGGCGGCCAUUACACUGCCUUCUGCAAACACACCAUCUCCCAAAAGUGGUACAACUUCGAUGACUCUCAAAUCAGCGAGAUGCCAGAAUCUGCUCUCCAGACAUCUGCAGCUUAUCUCCUGUUCUAUAGCAACCAAAGUUUCUCUGUGCCAGUGAAAAACCACAACGGUUAAGAAAGAAAGAUCAACCAAGGAUGACGCAGUGACGCUGUUAGCAUGAGCGUGCACAGACCCGGCCAGUCUAGUUCGGAUUGAUCGUUAAAAGAAGAGCCACAUCUGCAUUCUUUCCACUCUUUUUUGACUAUAAGCAAGUGAUUUAGAAACCGGUCCGGGCAGCGCUGCUGUUUUCUGCAAUGAAGCAAUAGAUGAUGGACGUGAACGCAUUUUCGUGAAUGUUCCACAUGACGUAGCAUAGUCCAAGUUAAAUAAAUUGUUCCUGGACAAC